CGUGUGCGUGCACCCUCCCCGCGCACCGCAGAGGCCCCUCUGCCACUGCCAGGGUGCUGCCCGGCUGCCUCACCUGCUCCUCUGCUUGGGCAGGGGAGAAGGGCAGGAGUGCAGGCAGCUUCGCUCGCGCUGGCUUUGCUUUGCAGCUCAACACACGUUUCAAAAGCCUGAGCGCUCUGGAGACAGCCCGGAAGGCUCCUGGGGGAGGGAUGCUCCCCAGCCACCCCUGCUAGCCCACGUUAGGCAGCAGCCGGGUGUCGAAGGCUUCGGGGGACACCAGGCUCGUAAGUGGACAGUGGUGGCUUCUCGGCAGCAGCUCUGCUGCCCCGGGGAGGUGGCUCACCUGAGCAUGCAUGACUGUCCCUGUGCGUGCAGUGUGGAUGUAGUCUGUGUGUGUUGGUAGAGGUGUACGAGGCAUUGCCUUCCUCCAAGCCGAGCUUUGGCUGUGGGCUGCACCACGUUGUCUCCAGGAACCUGCCUCAUCCGUGCACUGAGGGUACGGAGGGUGUACUGUGCCCCGGGGGGAGCAGGCAGGGCAGCCAGGGUGGGAAUACAUGGUCUAGGUAGGGCUGGGCAAUGCCUGUGUGCCUUUGUGUCCGUGCAUGUGCAAGUCUGUGUUUCUGUGAGGUGCUUCUGCACGGUGUGGUCUAUACGAGGGUGCAGCAGGAUAGCGAGGGCUGCGUCUGAUGCUGGGGCUGGGCAAGCCCUGUAGGCAUCUCUUGCUUUUUAGAUAGAACCUGGUGAAAUCACACACUUAACAGUUCAGCAGCCUCCAUGUAUUAAUGUAGGGUCUUCUCUGCUGCUCUCUGAAACCACAUGGUAGCUCCUGUCAGCAGGAACCUCAUCAAGGCUCUUUUUAAAUAGAAAGCCUCAGUUUCCAAUGCAGGGGAGAUUUCUGUGGUGAGGUGAGAUGGGGCUCACUGGGCAGACCACCAGCAGGUUGCAGUGCCCUGGGGAAGGAGGGCAGUUGCUCGGGUACAAACACCCUUAUACAUGCAAAGUCUACCCUGUGCUGCUGCAUGACAGCAUCUUCCCGUCUGGGCUGGCCUUGAGCUUACACUCCUUACAAGUCUGUUUUCUUGUCCUUGGGCAGGUAGUGGUGCUGAGUGAGCCGUGGACUCGUUGUUAUGCUUGCUGGGGAUGCUGUUGCCCUGGCAAUGGCUGAGGAGCCUGAACAACAAGGAGAGCACCUUUCAUGGGCCAUGGGCAGAUGUGGGAUCUCUUGGGGAGGGCAAAAUGCUCUGUAGGACUCUUACGGCAGCUUCAGUGAUGGCUGGUGGUAGAAAAUGUGGGGUGAGCGCAUCCCAUGGGUUUUGACCCUCUCUUCCCAUGCUGUGAUGUAUCUCUGUGUUCAGACGAUGUGAUGUGUCCUUCAUGGCUGUUUUUUGCUCUUUGCAGGUCUCUGGGACAGGGUGUGUGCCUGUGGUCUCCUCACAUGGAGGAUGAUGGCCAAGAGUAAUGGUCUGCAGUGCUCACCAGCCAACUGCCACCCCUGUCCACCUGCCCAAGCCCAUGUGGAGGACGGUGAUGUGGAGGGGACGAGGCUCAGCACAAGAAAGACCUGCUCAACCCAGGAUGACACCUCAGAGCUGCAGAAAGGAGCUGCCCUGGAUGAGGGGGAACAGCCAGCUGCCUCUGCUUUCCAAGGCAGACGAGCCUUUGCCAGGAUAGUCCAGCUGGUGCUGGUGCUGAGGGACUGGGCCAGCAAGAGCUUGCACGAGGAGCAGCAAAGGCCAGACCCCUUCCUCGAGCGCUUCCAGGGCCCUGAGCUCCAGACAGUGGCUGCAGGUGCUGGCAAUGAUCUAGAGGACGAGGAGACGGAGGAGGAAAACAAAAAGAAGAAAUGGCAGAACUUUGUGGUGGACCCUGCAGGGGACUGGUAUUACCGUUGGCUGGCUGUCAUUGCAGUUCCUGUCCUCUAUAACUGGUGCUUGCUUGUAGCCAGGGCUUGCUUCAAUGAUUUGCAAAAGACCUAUGUUGUCCUUUGGCUGGUGUUAGACUACAUUUCAGACUCUAUCUACAUUGGGGACAUAGUGGUCCACCUGCGCACAGGUUUCUUGGAACAGGGCCUUCUGGUUAAGGACCUGAAGAAGUUACGGGAUAACUACAUCCACACCUUACAGUUCAAGCUGGAUGUUCUCUCCAUCACGCCCACAGACCUGGCAUACUUUGCUGUGGGAUUGCACUGCCCUGAAUUGCGUUUCAACAGGCUGCUGCACUUCUCCCGCAUGUUUGAGUUCUUUGACAGGACUGAGACCAGAACCAGCCACCCCAACAUCUUCCGCAUCAGCAACUUGGUUCUUUACAUCCUGGUCAUCAUCCACUGGAAUGCAUGCAUUUAUUAUGCCAUCUCCAAAGCCAUAGGCUUUGGAGAGGACACCUGGGUCUAUCCCAACAUCACAGACCCUGAAUAUGGGUAUCUGGCUCGGGAGUACGUCUACUGUCUCUACUGGUCUACGCUGACUUUGACGACCAUUGGAGAGACCCCUCCCCCUGUGCGUGAUGAGGAGUACCUCUUUGUGAUCUUUGAUUUCCUCGUCGGUGUCCUCAUCUUUGCCACCAUUGUGGGGAAUGUGGGAUCCAUGAUAUCCAACAUGAACGCCACCAGGGCAGAAUUCCAGGCAAAAAUUGAUGCCAUCAAACACUACAUGCAGUUCCGCAAGGUGGGCAAAGACAUGGAAACCAAAGUCAUCAAGUGGUUUGACUACCUGUGGACCAACAAGAAGGCAGUAGAUGAACGGGAAAUCCUCAAGAAUCUUCCAGAUAAGUUAAGGGCAGAGAUUGCCAUCAACGUUCACCUGGAGACGCUGAAGAAAGUGAGGAUUUUCCAGAACUGUGAGGCAGGUCUACUGGUGGAGCUGGUGCUGAAGCUUCGCCCUCAGGUGUUCAGCCCAGGGGAUUACAUUUGCCGGAAAGGAGACAUUGGGAAAGAGAUGUACAUCAUCAAGGAGGGGAAGCUGGCCGUGGUGGCGGAUGAUGGAAUCACACAGUAUGCUUUGCUUACUGCAGGAGGCUGCUUUGGUGAGAUCAGCAUCCUCAACAUUAAAGGAAGCAAAAUGGGCAACAGGCGCACAGCCAACAUCCGUAGCUUGGGCUACUCUGAUCUCUUCUGCCUGUCAAAGGAAGAUCUUAUGGAAGCAGUCACAGAGUAUCCUGAUGCCAAAAAGGUCUUGGAGGAGCGUGGCCGGGAGAUUCUGAUCAAGGAAGGGCUGCUGGACGAAUCAGCUGCAGAGGCAAGCACAGAAGAAAAGAGCGUGGAGGAGAAGCUGGACAGGCUGGCCUUGAGCCUGGACACACUGCACACCCGCUUUGGCCGGCUCCUGACAGAAUACGGUGACACCCAGAUGAAGCUCAAGCAGCGCAUCACUGUUCUGGAGUCCAAGAUGAAGCAGCAGGAUCUGGAGGACUUCUUCUCAGAUAGCUCAGACAGUCUGCUUGAGGAUUAGGAGAAAGUUUUACCUGAUGGGAUGCAAUGGAUGGGUGCAGAGGUCAGAUAGAUGAUGUCUGGCCUUGUGCUGAGACAGUUUGAUAUUUCACAAAGCAGAUCCUGUGGCUGCCUUGCCAGGGACUUCUUUCAGGUCCUUAACAUUGCUGCUGCCACUGCCCUGAUGGCAGCUUCUGCCAUGGCUCCUAAUCAGGUGAUUUUCCUAGCUUCUCCUCAGGCCUGUCCCUUUUCUCAUUACCUCGACCUGAGACCUUGAACUUGGAUCACUAAAAUGAGGAGGAUGGCUAAUGCCACUGCUAACACUUCCUUCCAGUUUCUGCAAAAGGUCUGUGCCCAUCCUUCCUCCUCUUUGCCUUAACAGAAGGUAGGACAUGAACCUUGCAUGGAGGGGUACCUGGGCAUGCUGACCUCCCAUGUAUGUUGGAGAUGCAGAGUCAUGGUGGCCAGAGCCUGCCAUGCGUCACCUACUCAUCCAUACAGGGACCUAGGAGGAGACAGGCUUUGGAAAAUGCUGCUUUCCUUGAAGAUAAAAAAACACCCUAAUGAGAGAGACCAAAACAGAAGCCAGAUAUUUACAAAUGCAUUUUGGGUUCAGCCUUUAUAACUCACUUCAGGUAAAUAAUCCCCACUGAGUGUCUGCGGACACCCAGUCUGCACUGAGAGACUCCUCACCCACAAGAUACUAAAAGUCAAUUAAGACAGCCCAAUCUGUGCCUCUUAUGUCUGCGAAUGGAGAGGCUUCUCUGGGUCGCUGUCACUACCGAGGUCAUCCCCACCACCCUCCCUGAGGCUGGACAUCGAGCUGGAAGGGCAGGCAGCUGCCAUCCUCCUGCCUGCCUCCCUUUUCCCUUCUGCUUUAUUUGGUGCUGCCAAAUGGCACCCGGCGCGGGCCGCUCGGUACCCCGAGCACCGCAGCUUCCCGGGGGACGGCGUUCCCAAGCCCUCCCGCUGCGGAGGCAGCAUGAUUUCCAUUUGGGCUAUGGAUGUCUUGGAUGACAAGUACCAUACAGAGGUAAAGACUCUGGCUUGCUGGCCCGACAGUGCCUGUUGUGCAGUGUACAGAAGGAACGCAGGAUCUGUCUCUCUCCUCUAUCUAAUGACGGCCAGAUGCUCCAGGAAGCGUUUGACUGAAAUUACACAUUUUUAAGGAACAAAGCAGUGGUGGGGUCAAACUGUGCCCAUAUUUGCUUUGCUGUGGGUAGCUCAGAGAGAGCACAGAACACAUUUAUUUCCUUAGGCAGGAGGUUUUCUUGUACUCGGUGGGAGUUUGGGGGAUUUGCAGGCCAGGUGCCUUCUGGAGGAGAAAUGAGUGGCAGAGCCAUGAGGACACAUGUGUGAAGGGAAAGCGUGGCACCGUCGCAUGAGCCGGCAGAGCUCUGCCGGGCUGUGCUGCAGCCCUGCUGCUCCACGGUGCAAGCAGCUUGUUGGUGAGGGGUGGAGUGCAGGAAAGGCCACCAAAACCCUGCAAACAGCAGCAACCUCAGCACAGGCAGCAAUGCCACCCCUGCCUAGCGGUGCUGUGCAGGUGCUGGGCCUGGGGGAUGCAACUUCAUCUCUUGCUUCUGUCGCACAGCUUGGCUUGACCUGCAUGUAGGCAUCUGGGACCUCCUGCUCCUGCCCACUGGGUCCGUGGAGUGGGCUGGGGCUGGUUUCCAAGGAGGACAAGGUUUGGUGGAGAAGGGAAUUCUGGAGGAAUUAAUGAUCUGGGGAAAAUUCAGUUAGUUUGGCUAAAAUAAUGGGAUGACACAUGAGGAAGUAUCAACCCAGAAAGGCUCAUGGUAGAAAACUGAGGGUAUUUGCUUUGUCCUUUCUCUUCUCUCCUGCAUAAGCCUGCCUCUCUUCAUUUUGUAUGAGAAUUUUUCAUUUAGAAAUCAUGGCCUUGCUUUUUGGGAUUGGUGGGGGAACAAAGGUUAAAUUACCAAAAUUAGAAUUUGAGGUUAGGUAAGAUGCUUUUUGUCAGCCCUAAAUUAAAUUGCAGGUUGGUUGGU